UAACCUCAAAGUGUGUUUACGUUAUUUUUUAAAUUGCAAUAAAAAAUUAAAGUUAUUAAAUUAUAUUAAAAAUGAGUUUUGAAUCAACGAAAGUAGAUGGUUCAUGUUUUUCCAUGUGUUCAGAAAAAGAACUACGCAUGAGGGAGAAAGAAGGGUUGUUGAGUAUUUUGGAGAUCGAUGACAAAACUAGGAAUAGCAAACAUAAAAAAGCAGACCCUGCGAAAGUAAUCAAGUGUUAUCAAAGGUCCAGUGCCGGAAAAUCAUUUGCUGAUGAACCCAGUGAAUUACGACCAGGACCAGUACUCGUACUUACCAUCCAUUACUUGUUCAAAAAAGUUUUGUUACGAAAAGACGUCGAUUGGUCGAUAAUUUAUGAGUUUGCCUUCGAUCGAACAAGAGGAAUUAGACAGGAUAUGAUUAUUCAAAGAUUAGAUGCACGAUGGUGUAUCAGAAUCUUAGAACCAAUUGUCAAAUUUCAUAUCUACGCUGGUGAAAAGAUGCGCGAAAGACCUUUAAGUGAAUUUGUUCCAAAAUUCAAUAAUCAGCAUUUGUUAGAGUGCAUCAAGCAGUUGCUUGUACUGUACGAUGACACUGAUUAUGCAAACGGUGCUGAGAUUGAUGACGAAAAAGAUGCAAAUGAACAAUUCAAGCACAGAUGUGAUAUUGAAGCUGUGUAUCUUCUGCUUUUUUUGGGUGAACGAUCGGCUCUUUCACGAGGAUUGUCUCUUCCUAGUUCUUUCAGAAAGUCAUCAGUUGUUCAGCAAGCAUUGCAGAUAUCUCUUGCAUGGUAUUUAAAAAAUUAUGUACGAGUAUGUCGCAAAGUAUUUCAAUUGUCUCCUUUACUUGCAAUGGCUAUUUCAAAUAAUCUCAGCUCUAUCAGAAGGGAUGCUGUGCAAAUAAUGAGCGCUGGAUACCAGAGCAAGAAUCUUGUUUACCCUAUUGAAAAAUUCAAAGAAAUUCUCCUUUACAAUGAUGUUAAAAAAAUAUCAGAAGAUUGU